AUGAGGGAAUACCCCACUUGGGGUUUCCACAGGAGGGGCUACCACGUGGCGGGUUACCACAUCACGGGUAGACAAUUAGCAGGAAUUUCUGGGGAUAAGCCUAGACAGAUCGGAAGUACCAGAGUGAGCGUCCUCAAUGCUGCUGACGUGGCAGGGGAGAGUUCUGAGACGUCUCAUAGUGCUGGUGAUGCUGCUGAUAUGGCAAAGGGGGAGGAGCAGGAGGAGCCAAGAAUGAUGAGUGACCCGGGUUCGAAUCCCAGUGGCGAAAUUAAAAUGAUUCUCGGGAUUGAAACGAGCUGUGACGACACGGGUGCUGCUGUGGUCACAUCGGAUGGGAGAAUUUUGGGGGAAGCCCUCGCAUCACAGGGCAAGGUGCACGCGGAAUGGGGAGGAGUGGUGCCAUCUUUGGCACGUGGGGAGCAUGAGAAGGCCAUAGACCCGGUGGUCCAAGCAGCUUUGGAUGAAGCUAGUUUACAGCCGUCGGAUCUCUCCGCAGUGGCGGUCACGAUCGGCCCAGGGCUCAGCCUGUGUUUGAGAGUGGGAGUGAUGAAGGCAAGGAGGUUGGCGGCACAACAUGGCAUUCCCAUCAUCCCCAUCCACCACAUGGAAGCACAUGCGCUGGUGGCGAGGCUGACCAAUCCAGACGUCGCCUUUCCCUUCCUCACGCUUUUGAUAUCAGGCGGGCACAACCUUCUGUUAUUGUCACAUGGGGUGGGGCAGUACACUCAGCUGGGAACAACACUAGAUGACGCCAUGGGUGAGGCGUUUGACAAGACAGCACGCCUACUGGGUCUCGACCUGUCAGGGCCGGGAGGGGGAGGGGCAGCAGUUGAAGCGCUGGCAAGAGAAGGAAACAGAGAGAGAUUCAAGUUCUCUGUGCCUCUAGCGCGUGUCAAGAGCUGCGAUUUUUCAUUUUCAGGACUCAAGGCAAACGUGGCUCGGUGCAUUCAAAAGGAGGCACCGGCAGCUCAAACCAUCCCUAUUGCCGAAGCAACGCCGGAGGGUUGGCAGUUACGAGCUGACAUUGCUGCCUCUUUCCAGGAGGUGGCAGUGCUGCAUCUGCAAUCCAGAGUGGAGCGAGCGAUUCAGAUGGCGAGAGAAUCAACUCCUGCGAUUGACACACUGGUGAUGGCAGGGGGAGUGGCGUCUAAUCAAGUCGUCCGGUCACGGAUCGCAGCAGUUUGCGAGCCGGCGGAGGUGAGGCUAGUGUGCCCUCCUCCCCGGCUCUGCACGGACAAUGGAGUCAUGGUGGCAUGGGCGGGGUACGAGCGCUUCAGACUGGGAAUCAAGGAGCCUCCACCUGCUGUAGACGAAAUGACUGAUGAUGCUUAUGUGGAGCUCAGGCCGCGCUGGCCCCUGGCAGACCCGCCAUCCUCCCCAUCCCGCUCCGCCAAGCAGAAGCGCCUCUUCCCUUCCCUCUCCUCCUCCUCCCCCUCCACCCCGCUCCUUACCUCCUCAAGUACCCCCAACACCUCCCCCUCAUCACAUCUUUCCUCUUCCUCUCCCAACCCUCAUGCUGCAAUCACUACUGUGACUUGA